CACUUUUUAUGAGUGCGUUCGUGCACCUUGUGUAAUUACUUUUCAUCGGCGAGGGCUGGAGGUGAAGGAUCCUGUGGGUAAAGCUCAGCAACAGGGCAUAUAGUACACGCUGGACAUGAAAAGCUCCAUCCACUAUCACCACUGCCACUAGCACCAGCAAGAGCAAGCACCAGCACCAGCACCGCAGAAUCGGUCCAUCAGCCAGGAGAAUGCGAAUGGUGAGAGCGGAAACAAGUGCAACACCAUGCCGAGCAUGUAGCUCCAGCGUUCCCAGGAACAGCCGAGAGAACAGAUAGCUCGCUAUAGCUAACCGGCCGAACCGCCGUCAUAAAUGCAAAGUUACUCGUGGCUCGGACUGGGCUGGUAGUUGGCAGCGACUAAAGGAACUGAAUUUUUGUGAGCGCGUACGCGUACCAAAGAAAAUCUAGGAGUCAAAGAUGAUCCGGAGAAGGCUAAACCUUUUGUUUGGUGGAGAUGAGAAACGAGUGGACAACAGGACCAUCUACGUCGGACAUCGACCAUGCCCGGCCACCGAGGCCUUUAUCCCUCCCAAAUUCUGUGACAACAGGAUAGUGUCUUCCAAGUACACAAUAUGGAACUUUCUGCCAAAGAACCUGUUUGAGCAGUUUAGAAGAAUCGCCAACUUUUACUUCCUCAUUAUAUUUCUGGUGCAGGUCAUUGUGGACACCCCAACCAGCCCUGUGACCAGUGGAUUACCCUUGUUUUUUGUGAUCACAGUGACAGCCAUCAAACAGGGAUACGAGGACUGGCUGCGGCACAAAGCAGACAAAGAGGUGAACAAGUACCCAGUGAGAGUGCUGGAGGACGGCCGUCCAGCACGCAAGGAGAGCGAGAAGAUUAAGGUGGGUGAUAUAGUGGAGGUGGUGGAGGACGAGACCUUUCCCUGUGACCUCAUUCUGCUCCAGUCCAGUCGAGACGAUGACACGUGCUUCGUCACAACAGCAAGUCUGGACGGAGAGUCCAACCACAAAACACAUUACACAGUCCCUGAAACGGAGAAGGAUCUGCAUUCCCUCAACGCUACCAUCGAGUGUGAGCAGCCCCAGCCUGACCUCUACAAGUUUGUUGGCCGGAUGUAUAUUUAUAGGCCGGCGCAGGAACAAGCAGUAAGAUCUUUGGGCCCAGAGAACCUGCUACUGAAAGGUGCAACCUUAAAGAACACCAAGCAGAUUUAUGGUGUCGCGGUGUACACAGGCAUGGAGACAAAGAUGGCUCUUAACUACCAGGGCAAAUCACAGAAACGCUCAGCGGUGGAGAAAUCCAUCAAUGCCUUCCUACUGGUUUAUCUGUUUAUCCUGAUCAGCAAAGCGGUGGUGUGCACCACCCUGAAAUAUAUCUGGCAGAGUCAAGACGGCCAGGACGAGCCCUGGUAUAACCAAAAAACCCAGAAGGAGAAGGAAACCAAUAUGUAUCUAAAGAUGUUUACAGACUUCCUGUCCUUUAUGGUGCUCUUCAACUUCAUCAUCCCUGUGUCCAUGUACGUCACUGUGGAAAUGCAGAAGUUUUUGGGUUCGUUCUUUAUUACCUGGGAUAAGGAUUUCUUUGACCCAGAGAUUCAGGAAGGGGCGCUGGUCAACACCUCUGACCUCAAUGAGGAACUUGGUCAGGUUGAGUAUGUUUUCACGGACAAGACAGGCACGCUGACGCAGAAUAACAUGGAGUUCAUCGAGUGCUGUAUAGAUGGCUUCCAGUAUAAAUAUACGGACACCAGGAGCGAGCUGGAUGGCUUCUGUGUGACCGAUGGGCCAGUGAACAAACUGCAGGAGAAAGCUGGACGAGAAAAGGAGGAGCUUUUCCUGCGGGCUCUUUGCCUGUGCCAUACAGUACAGGUGAAAGAGGCGGGGCCAGAUGAUAUUGACGGUGAUCAGGUGGAUGGACUGGAUGGAGUGCUCUCUCAGCAGGACGAGGAGAGAGGCUUCAUUGCCUCCUCCCCAGAUGAGAUUGCUCUGGUUAAAGGAGCAAUGAAAUAUGGAUUCACUUUUUUGGGUUUGGACAGUAAGACCAUGAAGAUAAAAAACAGGCAAAAUGAUGUUGAAAUGUACGAGUUGCUUCAUGUGCUGAACUUUGACCCUGUGCGAAGGAGAAUGAGUGUCAUUGUCAGAAACAAGUCCGGUGAGACGCUGCUUUUCUGUAAAGGUGCAGAUUCUUCCAUCUUUCCCAGAGUUCAAUCGGAGGAGGUUGAUAAAAUCCGUAAGCACGUCGAGCGUAAUGCUACGGAGGGGUACAGGACACUGUGUGUAGCCUAUAAGCAGAUGAGUGAGGAGGAGUACGCGGUGGCGGAUGCUGAACUGAGAGAUGCCAGGCUGGCACUGCAGGACCGUGAGGAGAAACUCACGGCUGUGUAUAAUCAGGUGGAGACGGGUAUGAGUCUGAUUGGAGCCACUGCAGUGGAGGACAGAUUGCAGGAAGAGGCUGCAGAGACGAUGGAGGCCCUGCAGGGAGCAGGGAUGAAAGUCUGGGUUCUCACUGGAGACAAGAUGGAGACGGCUAAGUCUACGUGCUACGCCUGUCGCCUGUUCCGGAGAGGCACCGAGUUGAUGGAGCUGACUGUGAAAACGCUGGAGGAGGAAGGACGCAAGCGGGAGCAGAGACUGCACGAUCUGCUGCUGGAGUACCACAAGAGGGCGGUAAAGGAUGCAGUGCGCGACAAUCCUGGAACCACCAGGAGAUGGUCCAAUGAGAGCCAGGAGUUUGGCUUCAUCAUAGACGGAGCCGCGUUGUCAUUAGUAAUGAACCCGUCUCUGGAUGCUAACUCCAGCCGCUACAGGAGUCUUUUACUGCAGAUCUGCCAGAACUGCACAGCUGUUCUCUGCUGUCGGAUGGCACCACUACAAAAAGCUCAGAUUGUAAAAAUGGUAAAGAAUUGUAAAGGCUCUCCCAUCACACUGUCCAUCGGUGACGGAGCAAAUGAUGUCAGUAUGAUCCUGGAGGCGCAUGUGGGCAUAGGUAUAAAAGGUAAAGAAGGACGGCAGGCAGUGAGGAACAGCGACUAUGCCAUUCCCAAACUGAAACACUUAAGAAAGCUGCUGCUGGCCCACGGCCACCUCUAUUAUGUCCGCAUUGCCCACCUGGUGCAGUACUUCUUCUACAAGAAUCUGUGUUUCAUUUUACCUCAGUUCCUCUACCAGUUUUUCUGUGGUUACUCUCAGCAGCCCUUGUACGAUGCAGCAUAUCUGACGAUGUACAACAUCUGCUUCACCUCCAUGCCCAUCCUGGCCUACAGCCUGCUGGAGCAGCACGUAUCCAUCGAGGUCCUUCUGGAUAAUGCCAUCCUCUACAAGCGAAUAGCAAAGAACGCUAUGUUACGGUGGCAGCCCUUCUUGUACUGGACUUUAUUAGGUAUUUUUCAUGGGCUUCUCUUCUUCUUUGGUGCCAAAUGUCUGUACACCAACCCAGCACUGCAGGACAACGGCCAGGUGUUUGGAAAUUGGUCCUAUGGAACGACAGUCUUCACAGUCCUUGUUUUCACUGUUACACUAAAGCUGGCUUUAGAUACCCGGCACUGGACGUGCCUCAACCACAUUGUGAUCUGGGGAUCGCUGGCUUUUUAUGUGUUCUUCAGCUUCUUCUGGGGAGGCAUCAUUUGGCCGUUCCUGAAACAGCAGCGGAUGUAUUUUGUUUUCGCCAACAUGCUGAGCUCAGUGUCGGCCUGGCUGGUCAUCAUCCUUCUCAUCCUUCUCAGUCUUCUUCCUGAUAUUCUCCUGGCCGUCCUGCGCAAACCAAAAGGCUCCCACGUCCGUCAGAAGAAGCCUGCUCAGUCGAGUGCGGGGGGCGGCCCGUCCCGAUCUUCAGCCAGACCUCUGCUCAUGAGAACCUUUUCAGAUGAGUCCAAUACUGUCAUAUGAACAGCUGUCAGAGGACCCCCUGCUUCAUACAGCCAGAAUGCUGCAGUCACGCCGCUGUCCUACAAGUAUCUGAGAGAACUCUACUAAUGAACAAGUACGGACAAGUUUGGGAGGAAAAGGACCCUGAGCCAUGCCGGCUGCUCAUCCUUCUGCUUGGCAAAAAACAUGGACAAAGCCGACAAGAAAUGGGAGCAACCAAAUAAAAAAAAUAUAAAACAACCAAUGAAGCCUGCUCAGACCAGACCUGGAUCCGGCGGUCCAACAGCCUUGUAGCCUCUCUGUCCUCGACUCUUUUAAUGAUUCUUUUUCACAAGCAAACUGUGUUGCUGGUUUUCACAGCAUGACGUUCCAUGACCCGAACAUUGCUUUGAUUUAUUCAGACGCCCGUCCGCUUGCACUAAUGCCACAUUCCUGUCAUCACAUUCCUCUGUUUCAGAGUUUUUUUGUUGUUUCCUUGGGCCCAAAUUGUACUCAGUCUAUAUAUAUAUUUAGUUUGAUAUUAAGCUUUUGAUUGUGAGCUCUGUAUAAGAUGCUGCACUGACAGCCCUGAGCCUGCGGGUUCACAAAGCUGCCUUUCAAAACCAUGUUGUGUUCAAGUGCAUCGAGCAACUGAUUUGUGUGCGUGAGUGUGUGCGUAUGCCUGUGCAUUUUUUCGUUCGCUUUGGUGAUUGAUCUUACUUUCUGAUAAUGCAGGGAUCACUUCGGACAUCAGACUGUGGUUUAUUCACUAGAUGUUUAUGUUCUGUAAAGCCAAAAUGUGAUGGAGUUUUGUGUGAGGUGUCUUUAAUUUAGUACAGAAGUUUACACACAUGUGCGAGGAACAAGUAUGCCAUAGCAAUCUUGAAAUACUAUUCAUCAGCUACUGUUUUUUAUUUUGUAAUGUAUUUUUUCUGUAAUGGAAUGAUGGAACUUUCUUGCAGGACAGCCUUUUAACCCAUAGCGGUAAAGCUUGCUUGACUGUAAACAGCACCACCCAUCCAAAGCAAAUUUCCCACUAGAAUAAGUAGACGGCCGCUCAGAUGCCGCAGCAGUAAAAUACACUACCACACCAGAGCUGGGAUUUUGAAUACAUCGUAUCGAAUAACAGCUCUGCCAUCCGGCUGGGCUGAGCAUUCACAUGAACAACGAUUGGCCUGUUGUUCAUAUAGGGGUGGGAUAUUAAAAAAGCCGGAUAGGGACUCUUUCAUAACUAAUGCAAUUACGACCCUUGCUGGCUGAUUGAUGGCGCCUGCACAGAGACGGGGAAAAGAGUUCUGUCAGGGUGUGUCUCUUUGUAUACAGUGCUGAUCCGCAUUGCACUCGUCAAAGUGAAGGUGACAAAAUGCAUACGGCUGCUGCCCACGUGUCGGAGGGGGUGUGGGUUAGCUUCGCUCUCCUCAGUCAGAGUAGGGAUCGGCAUUGGUGGAGAGGAAGCAUGACGCAAUCGGGCAAUUGGACGCGCUAAAAGGGUAAAAUGCAUAAACAAAAUGUAAAAAAUAAUGCUGAUUAGGGUGCGGCUCUCCGUACACAAGGCUAAUCCGCAUAUGAACUCGCCUUGUGCAGUUGAAAAGAUGCAGUCGGUACUGCACACGUGCCAGAUGGGGUGUGAGUCAGUUGCGAAGCACCUCAGUCAGCAGUGGAAGGUUGUAUCGGUAGAGGUGAAGCAUAACACAAUCAGGGUAAUUGGAUACGACUAGAUUAGGGGAGAAAAUUGGGGGGGGAAAGUUGACAGUUUGGAAUUCGUCCUCAACCUUUCAAUCUUGGCAAGAGGUCACUGUAGGUCAUGCCAAAGUAAAAUGACACCCCUAAUACAUAAUCUACAUUGCUGGAUGUAUAUUUUUGACCCUGCAGAUUAAAAAUAAUAAUAAUAAUAAUAGUAAUUUCUUAUUGGGUGUGAACAUUAAGUGCUUCCAUCAUUCAAUUACAGAGAAAAGUAAGUGUAUGUAAACUUUUGACUUUAGCUGUGUGGGACGAGGGACAAUCUGUACUUGUGUUGACAUUUAUAUGUAUAUUUUUGCCAUGUUUGAUGCCCACUUUUGGAUACUUUUGCCUUUCGUUUAAGCCAAUCUGGGCAGAACAUACAGAUGGUGAUAAAAAAAAUAUCAAACUAAAUGAGUGCAGAUAUGUAAAAAAGGGCAAAUGUUUCUAGACAGGAUGACUGCAGGGUAGAAUAAAGCACUGUUUUUGGGCAAGUUGACUUUAGCUGGCAGAAGGAAAAUGAUUGGUUUGUUUAGUGAUGCAAAACAGAUUAUUUUAGAUAUUUGGCGAAAAAAGGUCAAUUAUUAAAUGAAUUGUUUAUUAUUCCUUUUAUCAGAUUCUGCACAGAUACGUGUGUGUGGAAUACACCAAGAGAACGCUGUACGAGGUGUUUUGCUGGCAUGAUUCUGGUUCACUUGCCUUAGAGCGAAGAGCCUAAGGCUGUUAAUCUGAUCAAUCUUAUGGAACACAUCUAUACUCUAUCCUGAUGGGAGCAGUCUCUUCCAGGACGACCGUGCAAUAAUCCACUUUGUGGAGUUGUUCGAUGUGUGACGUGUAGAACCUGCAUUCCAUCCUUCCAGUACAGUUCCGUAUACAUGUAGAAUAUAUACCAAAGUGAAUUGAACUCGUCUUGGUGCCCUGAAUCUUUUUUCUCUAUACCGUCUGUAUGUUUUGCCUCAGAUUCUAUCUUUUUCUUCCAGCUGUGCGCUUAUUUGUACAUUCCAUUCUUUUAUUGCGUAUUUUCACUCACUUCUGAAAUCUUGACAGAUUUUCUUUUGAAUUGUGAGAUUCUAUUUGACGUAUUUAUUUAUGACGUGUAAUUCUAGUCACGAAAGCUCUAUUUUUAUGACAUUGUUCUUUUUUUAUCGUCAGAAUUGGUCAGUCCUGUGCCGGUUACGUUUCGCCCACGUGGGGCGCGAGCGGAUAGUGUGUUACAGAGCACGGCAGGUCCUUAGAUUGCUCAGCUGGUUGGAAUGGUACGCGCUGUCAGAUCUCAAUAAGCCCUUUUAUGAAUGUUAUUAAUGUUAUUACAUCAUUUCUGUUAGUUGAAUGUGCCAGUAGCUCAAAAGUGGGCGUGAACCAAUUUUGUCAUGUGGGUAAAUCGUUCAGAUCUGAAAGGCGUUACGUACCAGGCUAGCUUAUGCUGAGUGUCCGGUGUCGGUAACAGUGGGUUAGGUGGUGCACGUUAGACCUCUGACUGUGUCAUGAUGCCGAGCAUCUGAAGCCCAGAGUUCAGUUUAAUCAUUAAUAUAUGUUCUUCAGGAAAAGAAUACAUAUAUAUUUAUUUUACUAGAUUAAAAGAUGUAUUCGGGUCGGAUUCGUCCUGGCUAAUUACAUGCCUUCCGAGUGGAGACGUUUUCUCAUAUCACCACCCUGAGCUUAUAUUCCUGAGGGGGGGGACCGGGACCUGCCUGCAAUCUUUUACUGAUCUAAACAGACCUUUAAAUGACAAAGAUCAGAGAUGCUAUUUUCACAGCUUCUAAUAAUUCUCAUGUUUGCCUGACUAUAUAUAUAAAGAAAAGUUGAUUGUAUUUUUAAUGCACCCUUUUUCAAACAAUUUUCUAAGAAAAAUAAAAACAUUAAAAAAACAACAGUGGGUGUGUAAGACUGGGCAGCGUAGGGCUGUGGAGGAUCCUCAGGCUCCGACCCUCUGACCUGAAUGUACCUCUUUAAGGCCGAUCUGUUCCAAACAACAACUAAAAAAUCUUUAUAUAAUAAAAAUGUUUUUGAAAAAA